GUGGUUUAGCACGAAUGCAGCGUCACGUAGAUGCGCCCUAUCAGAGUAGAUUGGCGUGAUGAACUACCCUGAAAACGACUUCAUCUCUCGCCCUCCCAUCCCGACCAUCCUGACCCAUCCUUGCCAUUCUUGAGCCAUCCACCAACUACGCCAUCUCCCUCCCCGAACACGCCAGACAUUCCCGCCCCUCAUGGAUCUCCAACGGCUCCCCUUCAAAGCAUGCAGAGCGCCCGCCGCGCGCCCUGCAUCUCCAGUUUUACUUGCUGCACUGUCACGAUGGAGCGGUCCGUUGCCAAUUUGACCACAGAGCAACUCUACCGGAAACGAGCACUCGACCGUGUGAACCAGAGAGCUUCGAGAGCUCGAAAGAAGAGCCGCAUUCAAGAACUUGAAGAAGAGGUUGGGGAUCUCAAGAAACGACUCGCCCAGUCGGAAGAAAGAGUCAAACAGCUGGAAUGCAGUGAGGUCUCUCUGCGGCAGGCGAUCGACUCUGCUCGUACAUCGCUACGCCUGAUAGAUGCAGCAUCAGCUCUGCCGGCGGGUAUACCGACGCCUGCCCCGUCAACGACUGCAGCACCCUCGGCAAAUGGCGACCAUUCGCCAAUCGUGAAUGUGUCUUCGCCGUGCGCAGAGCCCGGACAGGAUGCAUCACACCUAGCCAGUGUUUCCUCCGCAGGGGCAUCAUCGGAUGGGAACGUGACUGGCUUCAACAUCACACAUGAAGGCACUGGAUUCACAAUAGACCUACCGUUCUCAACCGGCGGCGAGUCGCCCUUCAACUUCUGGCCGGGUGGCUUUCCAAGCGAUCCGUCUUCAAUGAGCGGGUUCUCAUUGUCUCUGGAUCCAUUCCCACCCGAGGGCGACGCGAGCACCUGGGUAUCACAAACGGCCGACAUACAGAUCACAGACGCCAACUCUCCAACACGACCAAUAUGGGAAAGACUACCUCUACACGUCAACGCAACAUGUCGACUGGACGAAGUUAUCCUAGACCUAAUACGAACGACCCGGCAGCGGGAGCAACACACCGGACCGAUCCCCGAGCUCACAGGACCAUCGUUCCCCAGCAUCAAGUCGCUGCUCAACCCCGAGCAGGAGAGCACCAACAACUCCAUCUCCAACGCUAUCGGCCAGCAUGGACGGAUAACCAUGCGGCUGCCGAGGAUCACAGAGAAGGUCGCUGCCAUGUACCUCAUCUGCACGUACUUGCGGUGGUUAAUAUCGCCCAACAAGCAGAACUACGAAGCGAUACCCGAGUUUCUGCGGCCAGUGGAAUCGCAACUGACAAUCCCACACCCGGUGUGGAUCGACGUGAUGGUGUGGCCAGAAGCCCGACAAAGCAUCAUCACAACAAUGGACUGGACGGAGUUCUACGACCUCCGCGAACUCUCCAACGCAUCCCUGUCCGUCAACUGGCCGCACGACGACCCGGCGUCCAUCUUCACCGCAAGAUCGAAAUCAGAGCUAGGACUCAACCCGCAGUUCGAGCAGCACAUCCGACAGGUGUCGAACUGGACGUGGGGAUCGAACGUCUCGGCGAGGUAUCCGUUCCUCAACUGCGUGCCGGUCAAGGACGAUCCGUCUCGGCCAAGUGGUAACGCUGGAGUUAUGGACGAUUCGGAGCGUGCUGAACGUGAGAGGUUCAAGGUUACUCGAUAGCGUGAAGAAUUGUUUGAUUGUACAUAAAUUGUUUGGACACGAUGAAUGAUACCACGAAAUAAUAAUCUCCACCCCGUACGGUAUUUGAUACGGGUACCCGCAGAAUCACAUUCAUCUCUGACUGUCAUGAUUCUCAUAUUUAUGCACAUUGGACCCGCAAACAUAGGUAGA